UGGACGACCUGGAGGAUGCGGAGAGCGACGACCAUUCGAUGUCGUCGGCGUCGAAGGACGGGCUCUCGAGCGCUGGUGGGAAUCCUCUUAUCUCUUUGAUGACGGACAUGUUUGCCCUGCUACUGCUGCAGCAGCGAUGGAAGACGCUUCUUCUGUUUGCUUAGCGUUGGCGUGUCUCCCUGCCGUCGAAGCGCGCAGGCGACAAGAAGGACGCGAGCCGCGAGGUGAUUGGCCGCCUGGNGUACCGGCAGUACUGGAACGGCCUGCGUGUGCGUGUGGGUGUGCACACCGGGCUGUGUGA